UUUGCUGCUGCAACAGUGGAUCAGUUCACUCACGGAUAGAAUUUUAAUGCAGAGAUGGGGUGGGCUUUCUGUUUCAUCGGGUUUCUGUAUGUGUCAGUGAGUGUGUGCUGGCGGCUGCCUGAUUCAGAGCCUCUAAUGUAUGGGGAGGUCCAGUCCCCCCAGUAUCCCCAGCCUUACCCUCCCAACCUGCAGGAGCAGUGGGACCUCAGUGUGCCCGAGGGCUACCAGAUCCGAAUCACCUUCACACACCUGGACAUUGAAGCUUCUGCAGGCUGCCAUUACGACGCCCUUACAGUUCUCUAUGAUGGAAAGGUCCUGGGGAAGUUUUGUGGCCAUGAGAAUUCUGCUGAUGGGCAUCAUCCAGGCAACCAUCCCAUUUUGUCUCCAGGAAACAGACUCACCCUCAUUUUCCAGACGGACGACAACAACCCAGAGCGCCACCAGAACGUGGGCUUCUCUGCUCAAUACCAGGCAAUAGACAUAGAUGAGUGUUCAGCGCCAGAACCUGGAGAUGGCUCAGAUCCACUCUGCUCUCAGAUCUGCCUAAACACCCUUGGCUCAUACCUCUGCUCCUGUCACCACGGCUUCGAGCUUCGCUCAGACCAGCGCACCUGUGUGUUGUCCUGCGGCGGUGGUAUAUUUGAUGAGCCAGAGGGACAUCUGUUCAGUCCAGGGUAUCCCAACCCCCCACCUCAUGCAGUGUCCUGUCAGUACAUUAUUUCUGUAGAAAAUGGCUUCACUGUCUCUCUUAACUUCACUGACAACUUCCACAUCGAGAGUGUUGACACUCUGCAAGGCCCAGUCUGUCUCCAUCACUGGUUACAGGUAACCAUUCCAAACAGAGAGCCCAUGAAGCUGUGUGGUGGAACGAGACCAGGUCUGAUAGUCACAAACUCCAGCACUGUCACUUUGGACUACCACACUGAUAAUGACGGCCAGAGCAAUGGCUGGAGCCUGGACUACAGCACAAACAGGGUGAGGUGUCCAUUUCCCGGUAAUGUAGCUAAGGGCAGGGUCACUCCUAUCUUGACCGAAUAUCUCUAUAGAGACUAUGUCUAUUUGCGCUGUGAACAAGGAUACAAGCUGAUGAUGGAUGGUCAGGAGCUGGACAGUUUCUCUACCAUGUGCCAAAGCAAUGCACAGUGGCACCUCCCUUUGCCAGAAUGCCACAUAAUUGACUGUGGAGAACCUGAACCUUUGCUGAAUGGAGGAGUGACCUUCAUGUCUGGCUUUCAGAAUCAGUACCGUUCUGUUGUUCAGUAUCACUGUAAUGAACCAUUUUACUCUCUCCUUGGGGGUGUAAAUGUUAGCUUCACCUGUGAAGCAGACAGAAAGUGGAGAUCCAACAACGAUAUUGUAGUCAGUCCAACAUGUAUACCAGUCUGUGGCCAGCCUACAAAACACAUCUCUGCCUAUCAGAGGAUCAUUGGAGGAAGUGAAGCUCCAGAAAAUACCAUCCCCUGGCAAGUGUUACUGAGUGUACAAGGAGAUAGAGGAGGAGGCAUGGUGAUUGGAGACCGCUGGAUUAUGACUGCAGCUCAUGUCGUUAAGCAUAAAGAAGUUGCAUCAAACGAUGUUAUACAGAUUUACAUGGGACUUACUGAAAUUAAAACCGGGAGUCUCUCUCCUGUGUUUGCCGCCUCUGUCCACGUUCACCCUGAUUACAACAACCUCGAUGAUGCCUUAGACUACAACAAUGACAUUGCCUUGAUCAAACUGCAAGACCCAAUCACAUUCAACUCAUCUAUUAUGCCAGUAUGUUUGCCUGCAGAAGGUGCUACAUAUGUCACUGGCAUGAUGGGACUGGUGUCCGGCUUUGGUGUUACAGAAGCAGCCGGCAACACACGGAUUUUAACAAAUAAGUUGAAGUACGUGCACCUCCCUGUGGUGGAGCAGGAGACAUGCAGUAAUUCAAUCACUUUGUUGAAGAGGACAAAGAGUGAUGUACCAAGUCUGACAAAUAACAUGUUUUGUGCUGGAGUCCCUGAAGGUAAGAAGGACUCCUGCCAAGGUGACAGUGGAGGUCCCUUCACCCUGAGUGAAGACGGACGGUUCUGGGCUGCUGGGAUUGUCAGCUGGGGGGUUAACUGUGGACAGAAGGGAACAUAUGGAGUCUAUACCAGAGUUGCCAACUACCUGGACUGGAUCAACAAGAUUAUGCAGGAGAACUGAAACUUUCAGUUACAAAUUGAUUUGAAGAUAUGUUGAUGAAAUAAAAGUAAAACCAUACACAUCUACAAUAAAAUAAGAAAAGAUAACUAAUUUUGCUAUAACUAUACUCUGCAAUACAUGUUGUGUCACAAAAAAGCUAUGAUUUAAGAUAAUCUUCCAGUUGACAAUAACAUGAUCAAGUGGUAAUAAGUGGUCUACUUUUCAUGACAAGAACCAUUUCAAAACAUCCUAAAAUCACUGAAUGAAUGUCAUACCGAUUGUAAAGACAUCGCAUUGUAUUCAAAUCUCCCAAAAAGCAUUUUUAAUAAAGUGACAUAUUACAGACUUA